AUGCUAGAGGCUCACUUCAUCAUAUUUCUUCUCUGGGCAGUGAUGCAGUCCCUCACUGGGGUCUUUGCAAAUGGCAUCAUUUUGGUGGUGAACAGCAUCGCCUUGGUGAGGCAGAGAAGACUGGCUUCCCUGGAUCUGCUCCUCUCCUGCCUGGCGACGACUAGGAUCUGUAUGCAGGUGCUCAUCUUUAGCAUCCAUCUGGUUGCUCUCUCCUUGGUGAAAGAGUCUGUGUUUAUUGAUAAUUUUCUAAUUCUCAUGUUUGUAAAUGAACUGGGGCUUUGGUUUGCCACGUGGCUUGGCGUUUUCUACUGUGUCAAGAUCACCACCAUUCCACACCCGAUAUUCUUCUGGCUAAAGAUGAGGAUAUCCAAGUUGGUGCCCUGGCUGAUCCUGGGGUCUCUGCUCCACGCAUUGAUCAGUUCUGGCCUCCAAAGCAAAUACAUGUCAUUUUACAAAGGAGUCAUUGAGAACUAUUUCUCCAAAAAUAGGACUAAAACUGAAGACACACCUUCUGAACCAUUUUAUAUUUUCAUUGCGGGACUCAUACCACCAUUACUUAUCUUCCUCGUUGCAGUUCUGCUCUUGGUUUUCUCCCUGGGGAGACACACUCAGCAGAUGAGAACCAUGGGCACCAGGGACCCCUGCAGGAAUCCCCACAUCAACGCACUGCUCUCCAUCCUGUCAUUCCUAAUCCUCUACUUCUCCCACUGUGCAGUGACUAUUUUGUUCUGUGCUCAAAUUGUGCAGUUUGGAAGCUUCCUUUUUCUGCUCUGUAUGAUGAUUUCUGGUGCAUACCCUGCUGGACACUCUAUCAUCUUAAUUUUAGGAAAUGCUAAACUGAAACAAAAUGUAAAAAUGUUCCUCCUCCGUGGUAAAUGCUGCCAGUGA